AUGGAACCUGACACUGCCAAGUUAGCGACAUAUAAGCGCAUCAUAGUCUGUGCCGACGGCACAUGGCUUGCGUCCAACCUGGGCGAUUCGUCCAAACCGUCCAAUGUCGCCAGGAUUGCUAGAGCGCUUGCUCAGACAGGAAUUGAUGAAGAUGGCUUCAAAGUUGAACAAAUCGUGUAUUAUCAGUCAGGUCUCGGCUCAGGAGACCUUCCUUUACAGAAGGCAAUAUAUGGCGGUUUGGGAUGGGGUCUUGACAACGAUAUUUGUCAGGCCUAUGAAUUUAUAGCUAAUAACUAUGAACCCGGAGACGAGCUUUUCUUUUUUGGUUUUUCGCGUGGGGCCUUUACGGCUCGUUCUGUUGCUGGGCUUGUUUGCGAUGUGGGUGUCAUCUCCCCAGUGCACAUGUCACGGUUUUCGGAAAUGUGGCAGGCAUAUCGCCAAAAUAUAAGCGGCAGGCCAUUUAGACUCUCGACCUGGUACCUCGAUCAUCACAAGGAAUUGGGGUUAUCCGACGUCACGGUCAAAGUAAUUGGCGUUUGGGACACCGUUGGCGCUCUCGGAAUUCCCGAGUUGGGCUUCGUAAAAUGGCUGACGAAGGUUGGCAUUCCUAUCAACAAGGAAUAUACUUUCCACAACACCAAUUUAUCAGAACGCGUAGAUUAUGCCUUCCAAGCUCUUGCCAUUGACGAACAACGAUUGACCUUUCCUCCUACCCUUUGGCACAAGACUGCCCAUAGUCCUGCAAAGGAGCUGCAGCAAUGCUGGUUCCCAGGCGUGCAUGGAAAUAUUGGUGGGCAAGCAGAAUCUCGACCAACUGCAGGAGAUUACGGGGAAAUUGGAGACAACACAUUUGCGUGGAUGGUAGACAACGUCUCUAGGAUGCUCACGUUCCAACAGUUCGCCAUCAACACCGUCGUUGAAGAGCAUCGGCUCGCGAUGGACAGACUCACGAUUAGUUGGGGGUGUGGGCCCAUCGUGAGCGACUUCUCUGGGAUACAGGGUGCAUUCUUCCGACUUCUCGGGAAACAAGAUCGCACUCCUGGAGGCUAUCCAAGGGAUCCAGGUGACGGUACUGAUGGUGCCACUAAUGAGUACUUUCAUCCUAUGGUUCGGAUUCGCGAAGAAAAGGUCAGGUCUUGGGACCCGGUACCAAUACGAGGAUGGAAACCUCAACCACCAAAUGAGGACCGGGGUUGGCAAUGGGUGAAAGAGGGGGUACACUCACUGCCAGAGUACGUCAUGUGCCCAGAAAAAGUAAUGAGUUUGGCCUAUGAUGAUGCUGGAGUGACCAAGUUUAAAUCUGGCAGGAGUUUAUCUCGGAUACUCUGUCCAACGGAUAUUUUGAUGCAGAUUGAUAGGGAGAAUGGUCUCGACGCGAAUGGGGAUAAAAGUAAGACUAGUCUUUAA